AUACAUAGAAAAGUGAAUCAUCGAGGUUAUACAGUCACACAUAGGAAAAAUGUCUGGUUUGGUUUUUCUAUCAGUGUUAUUUCUGCUUCUCCAGCUUCCUCUGUCAUCGCUCUCAAACUCUGAAGGUGACGCUCUCUAUGCUUUCAGAAAAGGUCUUUCUGCUGCCGACCACAUAUUUGACAGUUGGGACCCCUCCAAUGUAGAUCCUUGUACUUGGUUUCAUAUAUUGUGCGACUCCAACAAUCACGUGGUUCGCAUAGACUUGUACAAUUAUAACAUAGUUGGAACUUUGAGCCCAGAACUUGGCCGUUUACCCUACCUUCAAUACCUGAUGGUGAAUCGGAAUAAACUAUCUGGGAAGAUUCCUCCCGAACUAGGCAACUUGGGCAACCUUAGAAGUAUGGAUUUGUCUGAUAACCAAUUGGAAGGGAACAUCCCAGUGUCGUUUGGCAACUUGAAAUCACUUAAAUUUCUAUGGCUACAAAACAACAAGUUGACAGGAUCCAUCCCAAAAGAGGUCAUUGAUCUUCAUCUCCCAGUCUUUAAUGUAUCUGGUAAUCACAUCCAUGGUGCAGAUGGCAACAUCCCCAUGAAGUUUUGAGAAUGUAAAAGCAGUCAAAGCUGAGAAGAACAGUGCCGUGUAAACUCAACAAUAAGCUUUGUUUAGGCAACAAUUAGUACCAGAAAUGUAUGAUAGCACAAAUUUAAACAUGUCACGU